UAAUUUGAUUUUGUUUGUGUUAACUAUUAGUUUAGUAGGUCAAAUAAAAGCAAAUCAACAUUCAAAGUCCUCCAAGACCUCAGGAGUGCCCUCAAUUAUACUUGUGAGUUUAAUAUGGGUUAUUUGAUGCCUGAUACUAAUAGCUAUUCUCCUGUAAGGACAAACAGAGCCCAAAUAUCACAGCAAGGCCUGCGUGCCGACAUGCCUUUGGUGGGUAAGAAUAGCCCUACAAUGGAGCUCACAUCUCUCGUCUUCUGUUGUCUGAGAACAGUUGUUGUCAGGACAGAGUAAGAGGUAAGAUGGAAAACCAAGUUGGUGGUUACAUGCGAGUCUUGCCUUUGCGGAAUUGACCCAACCUGGUAUAUAUAUAGUACCCAAGUAGGAUUAUGUGUGCUUGUAAAUGGGUUUUAUUUGUAAUGCUUGUUUAGAAUGAUUUUAAUAGAGCAUAGACUGUUAUUCUUAUGUGGAAUUAAGAAUUGACUGGCGACAUUACCUUUGCUGGAGCCUCAGGAGGCCUAAACUGCUGAAAUGGCCAAACAAGCUACAUCAGAAGUUAUCUUCAUAACGCUGAACCACAACAUCACCCUCACAGGGAAAGCUUGGCUCGUCCUGGUGGUAUUUCUAAGGAUCCUGGUGUUGCUGUUUGCUGGUUAUCCUCUCUACCAGGAUGAGCAGGAACGAUUUGUGUGUAACACCAUUCAGCCCGGUUGUGCCAAUGUGUGCUAUGACAUGUUUGCCCCUCUGUCCCUCUUCCGCUUCUGGCUUGUACAACUGACCACUCUGUGCCUCCCCUACAUAAUGUUCAUCAUCUAUGUGAUCCACAAAGUGAGUUCUGGCUUAGCUACCGAUACCGGAACUUCCGAGUCCAUAAAAGCGGACUCCAUCUACAAGAUCCAUCAAGAAUCAUUCAGGAAAGCAUCUCUUUGUAAGAUGGUCAUGAAGGCUGAGAAGGGAAGGGUGCAGUACUUCACGGGAGCCUACAUCUUGCAUCUUCUGCUUCGGAUAAUGGUAGAAGCUGGAUUUGGAGCUGCCCAUUAUUACUUGUUCGGCUUUCACAUCCCCAGACGCUUUAUGUGUCAGCAGGCACCCUGCACAACAAUGGUGGACUGCUACAUCUCUAGACCCACUGAGAAAACCGUCAUGCUGAACUUCAUGUUAGGGGCAGCCGCUUUGUCCCUGCUAUUAAACAUCUGCGACCUGAUUUGUGCAAUCAAGCGCUCUGUGAGGCAAAAAAACAAACGAAAGAUGCUAGUGCAAAAGAUGUAUGCAGAGGAGCAGUACUACGUGUCAGGGAAUGGAAAUCAAGGUGUGGACGCUAGCAGCCCUCCAAAUCAAGAUGUGAUGAGUCCAGGAGUGUUUCGCAAAAGAGGGACCAGAAACUCAAGUGGCGAUGAAGCUGCUUCUGUGCUUUUGGAUGAUGACCCUCCGCCAUCCUUACCUCAAGAAGGAAAGCCUACAAUUUCAGGAAUGCCUGGUUGCAGAAGCAAUGAUGACAGCAGCAGUUACCAACCCACCCAAGAAGGGGGGAUGGUAAGAGAGGGCAGUGAAGUGGCCCUGUGCCCCAGUGAGCCCUUGGGAACCCCUAGAUCCAUCCGAGUAAGCAAACGUAGUCGGCUGAAACCUCCACCACCUCCUCGAAGGGAUAAACUUGCCGUGCAAGGUGCAAUUGAUGGCUCUGGAGCGACAGCAUUGUGUACCAGAAGAGUAGGGCAAUAUACUCUGGUAGAAAUGACCACUGGUGAAGACAUAACAACUUGCGGUGGAGAUGGGAAAGAGAAAAAGUCAGAGUGGGUUUGACUGUUGCUUCAGAAAACUCUCUAUAUGAGUUUAGUGAAAUGAAGUUUGGAUGCACAUGCAAGUUAAUUUUUUUUUAAUUGAACCUUGAAUGGAACAGACUGACCUGAAUGCAAUAAAUUGCUUAUUAUUUGAAGUCAACAUCAUGGAUAAAUGCCAAUCCACAGACCAGCUUUACGCCCAUCAGUAGGCAAAGUACUCUGAUAGAAAUAACCAAUGGUGAAGACAUACCAACUUGGAGAUCGGAAUAAAAUAAGUCAGAGUGGGUUUGAAUUUUACUUCAGAAAACUAUGAAUUUGUCUACUUGCUACAUUAUGAGCAUGUAUAUUCCUACAGUGUAAACCCUGAAAUGAGUUUUGAAAUGCAUGCAAGUUGCAAAGGAAGUUGACUGAAACUUGAAAGAGACUGGCCUGAACGGAAUAGAUUGCUUGGCUUUUUUAUUAGACGCCAAUGGUCAAAUGCCAAUCCACGAAUCAACAACACCCAUCGAAAGGGCAAUGUACUCUAGUAGAAAUGACCAAUGGUGAAGACGUACCAACUUGCAGAGGAGAUGGGAAGGAGAAAAGGUCAGAGUAGGUUUGAAUGUUACUUCAGAUCAUGUAUCAUCACGUAUAUUCCUACAAGGUAAAUCCUGAAGUGAGUUUUGAAAUGCAUGCAAGUUACAAAAAGUUGACCAACUAGAAUGAAACGGAUAGGAUGGAAUAUAUUGCUUGAAGAAACAAGGUGGAAUCGAUGGUAUUAGUAGAUGUCAACAUCAUGGAUAAAUGCCAAUUCACAGAUCAAAAGGGUACUCUGGUAGAAAGGACGACUGGUGAAGACAUACUAACUUGCGAUGGAAAUGGGAAGGUGAAAAGCUCAGAGAAAUCUAAAUGGAUUUGGCUACUGACUACAUUUUUUUUACCAUGUAUUUUCCUACAACACAAGUCUUGAAGUAAGUUUUUGAAAUGCAAAAGAAGUUGACUUAACCUUAAAUGGAACAACUUGACUUGAAUGGAAUAAAUUGCUUGUGGAAACAAGGUAGGAUGAGAGGUAUUAUUAGAAGAUGUCAACGUCAUGUAUAGAUGCCAAUCCACAGAUCAACUACACCCAUCAGCAUCCACCUGCCUUUCAUGUGUGUCUUAGUGCAUUCCCUCAUUCUUUCACCAACCAGACAGGCCUUGACCCGCAUUGACCCCACAACAAUCAAGGGACACCGAAGGCCACUCUAAAAACAGGCUUGUUGCAAACACCUAAGCUCCCAAAGGUCGAAAAACUGACACUGACAUAGUUUUUGGUUCAACUGUGGGCAGCCACCAAACAAGAACAACCCUGAGGGUAUGAAGGUACUUCCUGCGUCAAAAUCCCCUCCACAAUCCUCUAGUCUGCAAAAUCUCAGGAACUGUCAAGUCUCGGUCAGCAGCAGCCCAUCAUAAAGCAAUUACUGCCCAGACUGCUUUUGUAUCUAUGGAGGGAGCUUGUAACUCUAUUCAAGGACCACUGGACUUCAGUUUGGAGCUUUAGAACAAACACUUAAAAUAGAGCUCCAUAAUCUGCUGUAACAUGAGAACAAGACGAUGUGUGGCUUUCAGACUCUCAGAAGCAGGCCGCAACAUGCAGACGAUUGGACGUGUUAGCUUUGGACAGUCACCUCGACUGUAGCCCUCCUGUCCUCACAAUGUCAGUCAUGUGUCUCAUUAAGCACACCAGGGACAUCUGAGAUAGCCUAUUUGUGAUGUUCCGUUAUACAUCACCGAUGAUGAUUUGUAGUUGUCGCUACACAGUAUCUUCAGUCUAAUGUCAAAUGGUUUGCACGUUAAUGACUUCGGCUCUGUUUUUUGUUUUAUUACCUUACUAAAUCACACUCCCCCUUAAAAGGGCAGUGGUAUUUCAUGUAUUGCACAUCCUCUUGAAACAGAAGACUAUUAAAAAAGGUGCACUACUUGAAGUACACUCAAUUUCACCGCAGCUUGAUUUGAUGCAGUGUGAUGAAUACUGAUUAAAGUGGAAGAUUACCAUAUGCGAGAUGACUACACCUCACAAGUUUGAGUUCAUGUGAUUACAGACAUGCAGAGCAGCAUAUUAUCUGUACAAAAUGAUUAGGAUUGCAUAUUGCAGUCUGUUGGGGCAGCUGUGGCUUAAUAUGUUAGUGAGUUGGAAUUGUUACUCAAAGGUUGCUGGUUUAAUUCCCGGUCCCGGCAGGAAUUGAAGAUGUAGGGAGUGAAUGAACCGUACUCUCUCCAUCUUCAAUAUGUAGCUGAGGUGCCCCCUGAGCAAGGCACCCAAUUCCACCCUAAAUGCUGGAAUCAAUAACGACGCUCAGGGUUUAUGGUCACAGUGUGUCUUUGUGUGUGUGAUCUCACUCAAAAUGUGAACCCACUCGAAUGGGUUAAAGUAGAGAACCAAUUUCGAGUAUGUAUGGCUAAAACCAUUCCUGACAAGGUAUGUCAUACAGCAGUGUUCUGCAAUGGUCUCUUAAAUAAUGUUUCUAUUUCAGGUUUGUUUUCAUAACAUGCUGAUGAGAUGAACGGAAUUUUUUUAUUUUAUUUUUUUUUAAAUAGAAAGGCUCUAAAAAUGGUUUGCCCUUCUGUACCAAUGAUGAGAAACACAGAGCAUCAGCCAGGUGCACUAUCUUGAUAAAAAUGACAAACCAUACUGCUCUCUAGUGGACUGAUAGGCAUACAACUCUAAGGAAUAGUUUUUAGAUUUCAUUCUGAAAAAAACAGCCACUGACGUCCAUAGAAUUUUUUGUUCCUACUAUGGAUGUUAAGUGUUCUUCUUUCCAACUUUUUUUUUGGAAUACCAUUGUUAUUGUGAUUAAACAAAUAUUAUUUUAGUUGCAACAGAAAAAGAAAAUUCGUAAAAGUUUAAAACCACUUGAGUAUGAGUAAAUGAUGAGUAAAUGUUGAUGUUCGGCUGAACUGUCCAUUUAAGUAUAAGUAUUGGCGGUUAUUUGCUACCUCAUACACAUUUUGUCGUUGGAACCAAGGUUAUUAUAGUAAACUAAAAUAAGACUAAAACU